CCGCGCGCCGAGCGCACGCACCGCGCGCGCAUGGGCAACGGUCCCGACCCGAACGCGCCGCCGCCGCAGGGCGGCGGCGGCGGCGCGCUCCCGCCGAUACACGGCGCGCGGCAGGGCACGCCGCAGUCGCGACCGAUGAGCGACCCGGGCCCUCCUCCUCCGGGGCCCCCGACGAACCCGCCGGGCGCGGUCAACGUCCCGCCGUCGAACGUCCAGGGCACGCACACGUCGUACAGCGAGCCCGCGAUCGGCGUCCCGAUCGGCGGGCCGCAGCACCCGGGACCCGGGGCGUACUACGCGGGGCAGCAGCCGUACGGCGCGCAUUCGACGCAGCCGGGCGCGGCGCAUCAUCAGCAGCCCGGCCCGCAUCAGUACUACCACGGCGCGCCCGCGCCGAUAAAUCCGCACUACAACGCCCACCCGCACGGCGGCGUGGCGUACUUACAGACCGUGGAGGUGCACCCGGGGAACUACUACCACACGCUCGCGGACGGCACGACCGUGCGCAUCUCCGAGGAGACGCUCCCGGUGGAGCACGAGGAGGCGGUCGUCCUGUCCAAAUCGCUUCGCAUCUUCAGCAUCAUCGACGUCGUCCUCUGCGUGCUGUACAUCAUCACCGGGCUGUACUGGGCGAUGCUCGCGAUACUGGGCCCGAUCAUGGGAUACGUCGGCGCGAAGAACUACUCCCCGGGGUACACCAUCGUAUACUUCGUGUUCACGCUUCUAAACCUCGUGUGGAAGGUGGCCAUCUUUAUCAUCAACACGGAUCUCUUCACGCGCGUGCUCACCGCGCUGCUGGUGUGCGUGCAGAUUUACAUCGCGCGGCUGUGCUGGCAGUUUUACAAGUUGAUCAAGCACUUCAGCGAGAUCGAGUGCAUCACGCUGAGAGCGUUCGAGGGGAGCAUGAUCUACCCGGCGAGGCCUGGGUAUUGACGACGACGACGACGUGUGUACGACGACGUGUGUACGACGACGACGAUAGCCUUACGAUAUAUAGAAGAAGAGACGCGCGAAAUAACGUAGUAAAC